AUGUUUGUGCCUAUGAUGAAUAUCAUAAACAGUGCGAGGAGUGGAGGGAGGAAACCUCUGUGCUGUGCCCCCCCCCCCCUCCUGCUGCCUCACUAUAAGACUGCAGGUCUGUUGUCUGUCUGCACAGACAGGAUGCACUCCUCACGCUGCCCUUCUGCAAGAUCAUUGACACUGAAGGUGUUGUUUGCUCGGAUCUGUAUGUUGUACUCUACCAUAUGCCUGGCGGGCUGGCCACUCGCCUCAGAAGCAGCCAGACUCCGCUGUGGCUCUGACCUGCUCAGUGACCUCAUAUUUGUGUGUGGUGAUCGUGGAAUCUAUUUAGGUAAAGGUAUGUGGUCUGGUUAUGGUGCACGGCCCAGGGGGAAGGGGAUAGUGGACAAAUGCUGUCGAUCAGCCGGCUGUGAACUGCAUCAUCUGGAGAUGUAUUGUGCUAAACCUAAGAGCCAGCAGCACACAACAGCUCACCCAACCACGACCACUGCACAGCAUACCACUACACAAACAGACACGGAACAGCAGUUCCAAGAAGUAUUUCAGAAGAGGCUUUUAGAGCACAUGGGGGCACCCGGCAGUCCAAAGAGGGAGGCUUAUAGAAAGAAAACACAGCCUUCACGCCGACAGAAAAGCAAAGAUUCAUCAUCACGCAGGAAGAUGAACUCACAGCACACAACCAGCAGGCCUUCUUCUACCUUCAGGAGUCCCUCUCAGAGAAUGACCACCUUCUAAUGAUGACAUAUGACCUCCCGAAAAGAUGAAUAUUUAUAGUAACUGAACUGGACCCAGCAAGAUUUGGAGACUGCUACUGAUUUUUGUGAUAUGAAAUUCUCUACUAAGUAGGGGCCCUAUUCACAGAGGCCUGAUAAUCACAUGAAAGCACCAGGAUAUCAACAGAUUUGGAGCGAGUCAGAGGGCUGCCAAGUGACUCAACAAAAACAGUGGCAACCACAUUGGAUGUUCUCAGCUUAAGAAAACAAUAGAGACAUCACCACUGGGCUUGUGUGGAAUAGUGUUUGUUUACUCAAUAUUUAGCAGCCUUUAACAAUGAUAUUGCAUUGUUUUUUGUUUUUUUUAUGAUUUACCAUCCCUGUCUAGAAAAAUUGAAUCAAUCCCAUGACAUACUAUUGAGCUUAGGCUAAGGCUUAGAUUUGAGUAAAUUAGCUUUGUGUUAUUGUGAUUUUAUUUUUCUUACAUUUGGCACAGAACCUUGAAGUUUAAGUUUCACCUCAGCGCUUUAUUAGCCGAUAACUCCUAAACUCCAAUAAUCUGAACUUUUCAGAACCAUGUGAGGCUCUGGCACUACAGGUUUUUCAUUGUGUUUCUACUAAAUUUAAAGCAUCAUUGAGUUUUUUUUCAACAUGUUUUCACCUUAUGAUGAAAGGUUACUGUGAUGAACAUUUCAGCAAACAGCUGCUUAUUUACACAUUCAGCAGAGAUGUAGCAAUAUUAGCAUUUAUUUGGACUUUGUUUGUGUC